CACCUGAUCGUCAGUAGGUCUCUGCCUGAGGCAGCUGGCAGAGAGGCCAAACAGUUCUCCCUCCAACGGCACUGGACCACUGGCUCAACCAUCGGCCUCCCGGGGGACCAGACAUCCGGCUACACUGGUACUCAGGAAAGGGGUUCUCUCCAGCCCCAGUGUGUGUGGGGGAUAUGGAGACCAGCCGCCUCCUCUGUUCCCACGACGCCCGCUGGCGAAUCGUUUUUUCCAUCUGUGAGUCACCGUAACAGAUCCCCGUCAUUUUCAUAACAGUCCAAUAAACAGCGGCUGUCCCUGGUUCGUUGUGAUUCUAGGAAGCUGCCCUCAUCAGUGUCGACAUGUCACGGCCCAGCAGCAGAGCCAUCUACUUGCACCGGAAGGAGUAUUCCCAGAGCGUGGCCUCAGAACCUACCCUCCUACAGCACAGGGUGGAGCAUCUGAUGACAUGUAAGCUGGGGACACAGAGAAUCCGGGAACCGAAGGAUGCCCUACAGAAGCUUCAGGAGAUGGACGCGCAGGGGCGAGUGUGGAGCCAAGAUCUGCUCCUGCAGGUCAGAGAUGGCUGGCUCCAGCUGCUGGACAUUGAGACUAAGGAGAACCUGGAUUCUUACCGCCUGGACAACAUCAAGGCCAUGGAUGUAGCGCUCAACACCUGCUCCUACAACUCCAUCCUAUCAGUCACCGUGCAGGAGUCUGGCCUGCCGGGCACCAGCACUUUGCUCUUCCAAUGCCAGGAAGUAGGGGCAGAGCAACUGAGGACAAGCCUGCAGAAGGCCCUGGAGGAAGAACUAGAAGAAAGACCUCGAUAUGGAGUCCUUCAUCCAGGUCAGGACAGAUGGAAGGGGUAUUCUCCGGAAAGGUCGUUCCCUAUACAACAGGCACCCCCUCUGGAGCAGAGGUACUCUCCAGAACGGAGGUCCCCUCCAGAGCAGAGGUACUCUCCAGAACGGAGGUCCCUUCCAGAGCAAAGGUUUCCUCCAGAGCAGAGGUUUCCUCCAGAACAGCCACACCACAUGACCCCAGAACGAAGCAUCCCACCAUCCCCAAGGUCCCUGGCACUCUACCCAGGUGCCCGAGAACCAAGUGACUUCACUCUGCCUCCUCCCCCAAGGCGUGCUCCAUCUCCUGAGGACCUGGAGAUGGAUGAGGAGGUGCUGAACCAUCUCCUGAGUGACAUUGAGCUGUUCACUGGGAAGCUGAAGGAGGCCAAGGCAAAGGACAGUCGCAAGAAGAGAAAACUUGGAAGGAAAAAGAAGAAGGCUCAAAACAAGAUAACAACAGCACAGUACAUUGACUGUUUCCAAAAGAUCAAGUUCAGCUUCAACCUCCUGGGGAAGCUGGCCUUAAGGCUGCAGGAAACAAGUGCUCCUGAGUUCGUGAACCUCCUCUUCCAAACCCUUAAAUUCAUCCUGGAACAGUGCCCUGAGGAUGGCCUUACAGCUAAAGUGAUCUCACCCCUCCUCACCCCCAAAGCCAUAAACCUGCUACAGUCCUGUCUAAGCCCACCCGAGAAUGCUCUCUGGAAGUCGCUAGGCACCGCCUGGACCACCAGCCAGGCUGACUGGACAGGAGAUGAACCAUCACCCUACCGACCCACAUUCUCUGACGGCUGGGAGAUUCCAGAGCCCUACUUCAUGGAACCCCUAAGAAACCAGAACUCUAUUUCCUUCCGAGGGUCUAGGAUGAGGAGCAGCCUACACUUCCCUCAGGAUGAGCCAUACAACCAUAGCGAGGACUCAAACCUCCCACGCUCCAGUCCCAUACCUGCCGACUCCAUCCUGAAAAUGCAAGUCCUAUAUGAGUUUGAAGCAAGGAAUCCACGCGAACUGACUGUGGCCGAGGGGGAGAUUCUGGAGGUUCUGGACCAGAGCAAGCGUUGGUGGCUGGUGAAAAAUGAAGCAGGACGGACCGGUUACAUUCCCAGCAACAUCCUGGAGCCCCUGCCUGCUGGAGGCCCUAGAGACCACAGACAACCAUCCUUUAGGGCUCCAAUGCUUCGUCUUAGCUCAAAGCCUGAUGAAGUCACAGCCUGGCUACAAGCAGAGAACUUCUCCACCAUCACCGUAAGGACCCUGGGGUCCCUGAUGGGGAACCAGCUGCUCCACAUGAGACCUGGGGAGCUGCAGAUGCUGUGCCCACAGGAGGCGUCACGGAUCCAGGCCCGGCUGGAUGCUGUUAGAAGGAUGCUGGGGAUGAGUCAUUAGAUACCAGCUCAAAUACCUCCAAGAUCAAAGACCUCUCAUAUCCAAGACGGAGUAUUUGGUACCCAGUUAGAGCCCUCAGAAGUCCUCUUUCAGUUUGUGGCAAACCACACAUCCCAGAUCACACAGCAAAGAAGAUGAACAGGCCCAGACUUUGAGGCAAAUGCUGAAGGCACGGCACUCCCGGCAGCAGAGAAGCUGCAGCUGGCAGCUGUGGGCUCUGCUCACGCUGACUGGUGCAUCCAGAGGAGCAUGAAGAGGUGAGGUACCUACCACCGCUCUUCCUGGGAACUUCAACUACUGUUUGUUAGGUGGGUCAAUCAUGAGCUUCCUCCCGCCUGUUUCUUUACUGGCACAACACAGGCAUGUUACCUGGGAGCGGAAAGUCCUCAGGUCCACUGUGCAAACUCAGGCAAGUCGGUCCGUCCCCUGGACCUCUGUCCUCAGGUUAAGUGUGCGUUUGGGUUGUGUGUGGCAUCUCUUGUCUUUCAGUGUAAGUAGUUUACUUCGGUCUCAAAAUUCAUGAAAUGAACUCUUCUCCACAGAAGAGAAGCUAUGCUUUCGUUGAUAUUCUCUGUGGGUAAGGUUCAAUGUUCUUGUGGAUUUAAGAUCCCCUUGUAGGGUCUUAAGAUGGUCCAGGAAAUCUGUUUUGGCUGAAUUUAUCCAAGCCCGCAACAUCAUCCAGAGCAGAGUACCUUAUUUUCAGACGGUCUCUAUCAGUUCCCUCAACUUCCCUGGCCUCAUGAGAUCAUCUUUUGUAGUUAGGAACACAAACUAAGAAAGCAAAACUUUUUUUCAAAAAAAAAAAAAAAAGGAAAAAUGGAAGGAGAUACUAACCCAUUGGCCUUGGCUUCUAAGAGCUAAAAUCCAGGGAAAACCUAGAUUGUUCCCCUGACUUCAUAUUAAAGGCGAUGGUGAGGUAAGAGGCUAUACGACUAGCCGAGCACAGUGGAACCAGUAAAAGUAUUAGAUCAUCCUCAAUCUGAAUCCUGGAUCACCUGGGGAACUUGAUUGGCUUACCCAUCUUCUAGAGGCCUCCACUCCUUUUUCUAGAAAACAGGCAGAACACCGCCUGAACAAAGCCUGAAUUGGACUAUAUUAACUACAAGGGAAACACCCAGACCAUUGCCUGGCACGCUGUGAAUUUAGUCUAGUGCUUCAGGUUAGUUUGUCAAUGGCUUUUGUUUUCUUGUGGGGAUUAUAACGUCGCGUGUCUCUAUACUAAUUUCUUCUUUUUUAGUACAUCACUUUUUUACAAAGUCUGAAGCUUGAUUCAGCUAAACUAUGGGGAAGUAUGAUUUCCCACCACCCAGGCUCGAGGAGUAAAUGUUGGGAGCCCUGCAUUGCUGUGCUGUGGAGGCCCUUCACAUGUCCCUCCAAAGGAGCCAAAGACAGCGGUCCCCUUGUGGUCAGAAUUCCGACUCCCGCUGACCAACGCCAGCUCAUUAUGCGGCAUGACUCUCACGCUCCCCGGGUAACUAGGGUCCAGGUAACUAGGGUUGUGGAUGCAUCAGCAGCCGG